AUCCAUCCAUGUAGUAUUCGUUGAUAAUCCAACACCUCCCAAAUGGCACGAAAAGCAAUUCAAAAUGACCAAAUCGUCAAACUCAUCGUCGGCGCAGGCCAGGCAUCUCCUUCGCCGCCCGUAGGUCCCGCGCUCGGUUCCAAAGGUGUCAAGAGUAUGGAUUUCUGCAAGGAAUUCAACGCGCGAACAGCAAACUACAUCCCCGGCACCCCGAUACCCGCACGAGUAACCGUCCGCCCCGACCGCUCCUUCCACUUUGAAAUCCGCACACCACCCACAGCCUCCCUCCUCCUCUCAGCCGCGGGCGUCUCACCCAUCAAAAACAAACUUCGCGGCGCAGGAAAUACCGCUGGGCCCAAAGUCAAAGCAGCCGCAGCCGCAGCCGGAGCAACAGGUAAAGCAGCUUUUCAUGGAGCUUCUGCUCCGCCGGGAAAUGCGGCGUUGGGGAGUGUGGGGAAAAUCAGUUUGAAGCAUGUUUAUGAGAUUGCGAAGAUUAAGCAGAGUGAGACGAGGUUGUCGGGCGUGAGUUUGGAGGCGAUGGUGAAGAGUGUUAUUGCGCAGGCGGGGAGUAUUGGUGUGAUUGUGGAGCCUUGAAAUGGUAGGAGGUAUAUGGGGGAGAGAGAGAGAGAGAGAGAGAGAGAGAGAGAGAG